AUGUGGGAUCGCAAACCAUUACCACACGCGUCCUUUACUUUGAGCACACUCCACGCUCAUUUACCAGUCCCAGAUGAUUGGGCCGUCAAAGGUGGCGUUCCCAUUCAGGUGCUUGACUGGCGCCGAUCAGGUGCCACGAACAGAGCCACAUUCGAUGUCGGAAUCUUCGAAGUGCCCAAUAUGCUGUCCAACAAUGGGAAAGAGCCUGGAACUGUCGCAUUCCGUCAUUUUCUCGAGCUCCCUGUAGCAGACGCUAUUCGAUACACCGGUCCCGAAGUACCUAAGAAGCCCGAAUACAUGCAUCAGAUUUCAACCAUGGGUGCAACGGAGGCAUUUGAGUUGAUGGAGGGUUAUAACAAACCAUACUCACAGUGCCAAAGUGGCGCCGUGUUCGACCGACACCGACUCAUCUGCGAUGGCCCUGAAGCCUGGAAGCGCAUUGGCGUACGAGAUAUCAACCUUCGAUCCCUCGUGCAGAGACUAGAACAUUUGCGCCAAUACCGAGAAGACAUGCUCCGAGAAGGAUCCACAAAGACGAUCCUGGAUAUCGAGAGCCCUCGCCAGUUACACGACUCAUUGCACACACGAUUCCUUCUCCCGCGACCACCACCGGCCGAUAUCCUGGCGGGUCACCCAGAAAGCGUCAAAUCGCAGAUCAAAACACUGGCAAUUGUAUUGGCAACUCCAGGCGCAUGGAUUAAUUUCAGUUUACCCGAAUGGCGUUUCCGGGCUGGACAGGUUUUAUGGGAGGCAUCACAGCAUGGCGAUGGGGAUUGUCUCGCGCCUGGCUCAGGAGCUGGCCCAACACCUAAGGAUGUUUUGAUCAAAUCUGGUAUGGAGCGAAAGUGGCUUUUGAUCCAACUACUCCUAUCCGCGGAGUUGCUCCUUCGGCUGGAUGCGUUUGUACGAGUGGGCAUGCUGCACGAUCCACAUGGUGGGCACAUCACAGUACAGGAGCUUCGUCAAUUCGAUAAACUCCGAGAAGGCAAGGUAAACUGGGACCUUGUUGUUGUGCGUCGGUUCUUGAACAGUUUGAAUAUUUCUUGCAUCUCGCCCCGGCCAAGUUUUUCUCACGAAGACACCAGAUCAAAUUCCUCAAUCAAUAAGUCGCCAGAAAAAGCUCAUCGCUUUUCAUUACUUGAAGCCAUCACCCGGCGUAGCUCAUCCCCCAUUAUGGACUUACAGUCACCCUGGGAUUGCCAGCUAAGCUCAUCGCAUGUCCGGCAGCAAUUGGAGGGGCUUUAUGUCUUUGCGGAAAACAUCGGAUGGCCCAGACUCGCUGGCCUCAAAGCUGCCAUGAAGCUCAAGCUUGGAGACCCGGAGAAUCCGGUCUUGCCGGCUUUGAUCGUCGAUGGCAGGCGGGAAGACAAAGAUGUAUCCGAGCAGACAUUGCUAGGCAAGGCGGAUAUGUACACAAGGAACCCCUGCCGUCGUCGCGUGAAACUCCAUAGCUCUGGCGAUCCGCAGUCCAAAGCUUUAGGCUGGAUCUCGCGUACCUGGCUCUCCGGGUUCGUGAUACCAGGGGAAGCAAUUAGCCAUCUCCUCAUGGCGACACUCCUGGAGAAUGACACAGAGUUUCUAUCGCAACUUGGAACAACCGCCAGUCUCUAUGGAGGAUUCGUUUACGGCGAACGGAGUUGGUGGAGCAAAGCAUGCAUUGUUGGGCGUGUUUUGUCUAGUUCUGAAGAAGCUAAGACAUGCAUGGGAUGGAUCAGCAGCGACAUGCUCCCUCGCAAUGUGACUACUUUGGAUAAACAUGACUGUGGGUGGAUUGAGCUUGCCGUCGAAGAGGUUCAGCAGAGUUCGACCAGACCUCGCAUCAAGCAGGGAGCGAAGCUCGCCUUGGAAUCCUCACCACUUGGCACGGGGGAUAUCACAGCAGAGGCAUUUACACUUCCACGGGAAGAUUCAGUGUCAACUUCUAACUAUAACGUGAAGGCCAGAGCACUGACUAUUUCGGUCAAUGUUGAUGAGCCUUCAACGGGCAUUACAAUCGCCAACGAAGCAUCUAUCUCGUUCUCCACCGAAGAUGCAGAACCGAAAAGUUCUACGACGGUAUCCUUUCCUCUCAGGUAUAACGUGCGCUUCAUUUCCGCGCAUGAGUGCCGCCCACCACUUGGAGUCGUCGUCCAUAGCCAAAGGGACCGCGAAGAUGAAUCACAAACAUCUACGACUCCCUUGUUAAAUUAUACACGGUUGACAGGUCACCCCUUGCACCGGUCUUAUUCAUACAAGCGUGUCCCAUUGGAUUCUCUUCCCGCUACCGAGGCACCGCAGCCGAUAUCACAAGAGUCCGAUGCACCUCUAGCCCCGGAGAUUUUGGUAAUUGACGCACGAGGCGACCGAGAUAGGGAGACAUUCGUUCGGGCGUGGUGUGCUUUUGUCGGGUGUCAUGCGAUCAUCGGUCGGAGUGGACGGACGUGUCUAGCAUGUUGUAUCAGGCAAGCAAGAGCCGUCGAUGUACGAGUCGUGGUGCGCGUAGGCUGCUAA